AUGGAUAAUUCUGUUUUUUUGGACGAAGAUAUUCCGUUCGUUGAAUCAGGCGAUUAUGAAAUCGAUGAAGCAACUGGCGCAGGUAACGGAACAACGACGACACUCGCACAUGGAAAUAUUGUAUCGCUAAAUCAUCAAUCACAUCACUAUCACGAUGAUUCAAUAUGGACGUCAACGAAUCUACCAACAAAACGUGGCCGACGUCCUAAAUCGGCAGCAGUUGUCAUCACGACAACGGGACAAACGAACGAACCUAAACGACGUGGUCGGAAACCAAAACAAGACUCGCUAUCACCAAAGAAAUCUUUAUCAUCGACAGAUACGAAUAAAUCGAAUAAUAUUCUCUUAGAAUCAACCGAUGAUGUGAAUCAAAAACAACAACGCCGUUCAACGACUGGAAUGAGAUUGAAUAAAAAAGCCAAACUUGAUGAACAACAACAACAACAAAUGACAGGAGAUACGCGUAGUAUGUUACAUUCGAAACGUACUGGCAAAGUCACAUCUCAGCAAGACCCUUCUCAGCUUACAUCCAAUAUGCCGACAAAGAUGAGUCUUGGGACGACUGGUAACAUCGUUAUCAUGAGCGGUGAUAAUGGCGAGAAUUCGCUGGUGAAUAACAAUGCAACAGCAUCUUAUGACCAAGCAGCUAUUUUACAAGCACUGUGUCAAGCAGGCGUCAAUCCACUCCACCAUGAUCCGACAGGUGACGAUUCCGAUUCUGAUUCUGAUGAUGAAAGUGGUUCAGAUGACGAAUCGGUGGUCAGCGAUGAUGAAAACAAUCGUUUAUCAGAUAUGGAUGAUGACGAUGUCACUCAACUGAUAAAUAAGGGCACCCGAGGGCGAGCACGGCGGCAGUCAACAAAGAAUGCUAAUCAAAAGAAACCGUCUUCAACACGUCGUUCAACCACGGCGGCGACAAUUUCUCAUCAUAAAGUCAAACAAGAUAAAAGUGAUAGUGAUGAAGAUGAUUCAUCCGACGAUGAAGACCUCGACGAGUUGGGCGUUGGCAAUGACACAAACAACAAUUUAAGUAAUAUUGGGAAUCCACUCGAUAACGACUCAUCACUAUUAGUUCCAGCAGACUUUUCCAAUCCUGACUACGUUCAAAAUCUUGUUAAACCACAUCGUAAACGACGUACACAUUUGCCUACGGAUGAUCAACCGAAAACUAUACGUUGUCCGCAAUCAGGUUGUACAAAAAUGUUUCGUGACACAGCAUCAAUGAAUAAACAUUUACAUACUCAUGGACCACGUGUACAUGUUUGUCAUGAAUGUCAAAAAUCGUUUGUUGAAAGUUCGAAAUUGCGUCGUCAUCAACUUGUUCAUACUGGUGAAAAAGCCUUCCAAUGUCCGUUCGAAGGAUGUGGUAAACGAUUUUCACUCGAUUUUAACUUACGUACACAUGUUCGAAUACACACUGGUGAUAAACCAUACGUCUGUCCAUUCGAUGGCUGUAGUCGACGUUUUGCCCAAUCGACAAAUCUUAAGCAACAUCUUCUCACUCAUGCUAAAAUUCGUUCACAUCAACCAUUCGCUAUUCCAGCUGUUGCGGUUACGAUUACAGAAAUUCAACCUCAGUAUUAA